UUGCAGCUGCCUCCAGAGCUACUCCUCGAACUUAGCGACUUCCUCCCCGUGGACGGCAUCCUGGCACUCAAGCUCACUCACUCGAUACUCAACAACACUUUACCUGCAAUACCGCGUCUGAGAAACCGCACGCUAGACCGAUGCGCUCGGUUCGCCAUCGAAAGGCAUCGCACCUUGCCAGACGAGGACCGCCAGCAGCGACGAUGUAUGCUAUGCAAGAAGACAUACCCAAAGUCUCAGUUUUCUUCCUCGAGUAGUCCGGCGUGUUUGUCCCUUGCGUUCGAUCAAGACGGUCCCCGCCCAGAAGUCGUGGAGCUCCCAGACUCUUUCUGCGCCUGGCAU